GUUAUCUUGGCGACCAGUUUUCAUCAGUCUGGGCUCGUCCUGCUCUGAGAAAACCUACAUUACUUGCUACCAAUAAUGGCCUUACCAAUGUUACCUGGAAAUUCAGUCAAAAGAAAUCUUGGAAAAGACAAAUUUCACAAAUCUCAGCAUUUUGAUUAUUCAAAUGGAGUAGCCAUGAUGGUUGGGUCAGAGAAGCCAGGCAUUGGAGGAGAACUUCUCCUGGGGCAGGGCACAAGACCCAAGUAUUCACUUUUUCCAAAGGGAGAGGGCAGCAAUGCUCCUGCAUGGGUUGCUUUUGACAAACAGGUCCUGUGUUUUGAAGCUUAUUUCCAAGAAGCUGUACCUCAGAGGAGGGAAGAAAAAUAUAGAGUUAGAAAGUGCAAGAUUUACUUCUAUCUGGAGGAUGACACCAUACAAGUAGUGGAGCCAGAGCUCAAAAACAGUGGGAUCCCACAGGGAACCCUGAUUCGGAGGCACCGCAUUCCUCUCCCAGCUCCUAAAGAUGAUUGCUUCUACAAUGUGCACCAUUUUAACAUCAAUCAGGAAAUAGUGUUCUAUAACAGAACCUUUAUGAUUACGGACUGUGACCCCUUCACACGCAACUUCUUGAUAAAAAUGGGGGUGCGCCUAAUCCCCCCUGCUUCCACGCCAGCAGAUCCCUAUUCCACACAUCGACAAGAGAUGGAGGAGAACAUGAAGCCACUGCGGCCGUAUGAAAGAAUAGAUACCCUGAAGCAGUUUUUGGAACAUGACCGCAAAGUCUUGCGCUUCUACUGCUACUGGGAUGAUACUGAGAGGAUGUUUGGAGACCCCAGAGAGCUGAUCUUGCAUUACUUCCUGGCAGAUGACACAAUGGAAAUUUACGAAGUUGUCCUUCCAAACUCUGGUCGAGAUGCUGUCCCUAAAUUUCUGCACAGGGGAAAGCUUCCCAAGCAUGCUCCUAUUCCCAAACGCCAGCCUGGAGAAAUAACAGACCGCACAGUCCUCAAUGUAUUCGGACCGGUCGGACAAGGAGGACGCUACAUUUUGGAUAGCCUCAAGACUGGAGCAGUAGAAGAAGAAUUCUACAAAGACUGUGACCUGACCAUUGGAGGCGUCAUUAAUGUGUGGGGUCGUAGGAUGUUAAUUUGUGACUGCGACAACUUCACUAAAGAGUAUUAUCGGUCUAAAUAUGGCAUUGAGGACUUCACACCUGUCUCAUACCAGGCCUCGCUCCCUCCUAAAGCAGCCAGACAGGUGCCACCCUACACUGGAUUUGGAUCUGAGGAAGAUUCGCUGUGCUCCUGUCAGGGCUUGUUGCCUAAACCUCCACAGAAGGAUUUCAAGAAGCUUAUGGAAAAAGACAGGCAAGGUCUGGUAAGCAAUGUGUUGAGAUUUGUGGCGAAAAUGCUUACAGACAGUCCUGUGGACAAAGAACGUGUUUUUAUCAUAUAUGUCUACCUCAGCGAUGAUACCAUAGCGGUCUUUGAACCUCCUCAGAGAAACUCAGGUGUGAUUGGGGGUAAGUUUUUAAAGAGAGGUCGGGUAAAGAAGCCAGGACAGGAGCUGUUUAAGAGUGAGAUGUCUGAGUAUUUCACAGCUCAGGAUUUGUAUGUGGGAGCUCGGCUGGAUCUGAACAAUUCAGCCUUCCAGCUGCUGGAUGCUGAUGAAUUUACAUUCAGUUACAUGGAGCAGCAUGCAGAGGAGUUCCCCAAGGCCAAUAUUGGCACCAUUAUUAGCAAGGUAAAAUCCAUUAGUGAGGAAGAGCAGAAGAAA